UUAUAUUUGAUUGUUUUGAACUGCCAAAUUCCUUUUCCAUAAAUGUCUGUACAAAAAAUAAAUUUAAGCAUACACAUUAGUAUUGCUGUCGCAUUUCUUUCCUUAGGAAACAAGUAGAUUGGAGAAAAGAAGAGAUUACUUCAUGAUCUGCGACAUGUUCUUAUAGCGGAACGCAGUUGUCAGAAUUGCGCGACUAAUACGAUUCCAAUAGAACUUUAGUAUUCUUCAUUAUUUUUAUUGAUAACGAUGUGUACUGUUUGUCGUAAGUGUUGUAUCGAUCAAUGAGUGUAUAAUAACCGGUGAAAUGGCCAUAUUUGAGAAAACAUCGCAUACGAAAGCCCUGGUAGAUGACACUGAAAUUCUGACCUGCACAAUUGAAAAUUCACAAACUGUUAGGAAACAUACAGAAUACACAUUGCGGGUUUCCCGAGGUAUCUUAAGGGACACGACUUGGACAGUGUCGCGGAGGUACAAGGACUUUGUCGAGUUACACGCGGCGCUGGCCCCGAGCGGCUACGACCUGCCUUUACCACCAAAGAAGUAUUUUGGAAACUUAGAUCCAUCAUUUAUUGCUGAAAGGCAGAUAGCAUUACAGAACUACUUAAAUGAAAUCUUGAGGCAUGAUGAACUGGCGUUGUCUCGUCAAGUUAGAAGCUUUCUGGAUCCUCACAAUUAUUCUUCAAAUGCAGCAGAGUUGGCGCUGCAAACAGUAUCCAUUGCCCUCCGAGGAGAAGGCCGCUUCGAACUCAAAGGUGCUAUCGCCGACAUCGGAUGGCGGAUAAGGAAAUAUAACUUCUUAGUAACAGAUACAAAGACUCAAGAAAACUGUAUACUCUCGUGGCAGAACUUCGGUCCCGAUAGAUAUUUAAAUGACAAGAAAUUACAGGCGGCCCUUAAGAGUUUACAAAAUCUUAGUCAUCCUCACAUAGACCAAAUAUUAGCAUUUCAAAAUUUAGACACGGGAGUGUACGUAGUCCGGAGUAUAUAUGAAGGUGGGAGCUUACGAGACAUGAUCUACCAGACUGAGUACAGCGGGAGCCAUCUCGCGAAGUAUUCCAACCCUAAGAACAUCAGGCCCUUUGUGGAAGAACAGAUCUACGAUUAUGGAAGGCAAAUCUUGGAAGCUUUGAAGUUCUUACACGAUAAGGGUUUACCGCAUGGUCACGUGCACCCCGGCAACAUAAUGGUAGUCCAGCACCACGUGUACCUCACGGACAUAGAGAACAUACUGCUGGGCGGGCCCAGCCUCUACCGGCAGUACCUGCUGCAGCUGCGGCCCUCCUACUCCGCGGACAACGUGGACGCGCACUGCUUCGGACGAGUCCUGUAUGAGAUGACGUUCGGGAGGCCGCUAGCGCACUGCUACUGUGAUACCUAUCCUGAUUAUCUUAGUGAAGAGCUCAAAUCACUCCUCCGGAUCAUCCUAUCCCGGGACGCGUGCAGGAGCAUGCCGCCGACACUCAGCUAUUUACUGCUACUACCAGUCUUUAAGAAGUACCCAGUGAGAUGUAAAGAGGAACGAGCAACAUUGAAGUUCCCGCUCGCUCUGAAGGAAGAACUGAGGGCGGCGGUGGACCAUAUAGAGGAUAAGCUGAAGAAGGACCAAAAAAAGAUGCGCAGUGCCAAAAGGGAAGUUCGGAUACAAGAGAUACUUAAUUCUGAGGAUGAAAUGAAGAAACAAAAGCGAAAAGUGAAGCGCCGAGAGUCUCACUGGCAGUCGAUGUCGUCGAUACCAGACAUGUACAUAUCGGCCAGCGUCAGCGAUGCGUCCUCGCCGACACCGCCAACCACAGGGGCCAUAUGCGCUAGCACCCCCGACUCGCCGCAGACGUACGACGCGCGGCGGUCGCUGCUCGACGCCAUCUGUAACUUCGACAAAUCCAGCCUCGCCACGCAAAACAACUCGGACUCACGGUAAUAGUAACCAAACAAUGCUGAACACAAUAUACUUUAGAAAUCGCAGUGCGAGAAUGAAUUUAAAGGUAAUAGAAACAAGAGUGCAUUUGGCGUGCAUGCUGUCAUUGUAUGGGAACAACGUUACGAACAUCAUCUUUACUGCUUUGAAUUAAGAGUUAUUAAUAUCAUUGUUCAUCAUCUAAAUAAUCGCACGUCUAGUGGAUAUUAUUGUAUUAUAGUGAGAAAUGGUGGCUAUAUUUAAAUGUACAAAGAGGUUUCCCUUCAUUUCGUUGUAUCUACACAACAUGAAUAUGCGAUUCCAAAAUAAAAUAGAUGCGCAUUUAAUUCUGGGGAAUGUUAAAACAAUUCAAAAAUAUUACUUUUCGUAUCAACAAUAAAUGGUCAACAAAUGGGUAUGUAUUUUUCACAAAGUGUUAGACACAAAAGAUUGUUCCUGAAAAAGGGAAAAAUAGAUAUUUUUUUAAUUCUUUGUAAACUGCAAUAUGGUGCAUUUCAUAUUCCAAAUAUUACACGUGCUAAAGAUAUGGGCUAUCGAAUUAUAAGUAUUUUUUUACUACUUACAAAAACCCUGUGAUUCUAUUUUCAACCUUAAUAGAAUACAAUUAAAGUUAUUUUUACACCAGCCAGUAAAAUAUAUUAUUAUUUAAUCGAUCUCUGAAACUAGGCUUCGAUAUUUUUAUUGGUGUUUAUAUUAAUUAUGAAAUUAGACUAAAAUGUAGCCAAAUGAGAAUAAUUUAAGUUUACGGUGAUAGUUUUAAUUUACACCUCUUACAAAAAUAAGAGCUAAUACAAGCAUACUAGAUUUCAAUUAUUUAGAAAGAUAAAUAUUUAACUGCUUUCUGGAUGUGAGUUUUACUAAACGUUAAUAUACAAUGACCACUAAUCAUCAUUCGAAAUGAGUGCUUGUGUUCCGUAUUAGAAUUCUAUUUUGUAUAUUUACUAGGUAAACUUUGUUCUGCCGGGCAGGAUUGUGAAUCUAACUAAAGUAAUCAGGGCAUCACUCAAAUCGGUCCAGCCGUUUAGGAGAUCACACACGUAUAAUACACUUACUCGUAUAUGUUUAAACUUGAAACAAAGUAUUUAAAGAAGGGUGCUCAGUUUAUGUAAGUUUGUGAAUUAAAAUUAUCACCAAAGGUAAUUUAUUUAGUACAAUAUUCAAUAUGUUUGCAAAUCCAAUGCAUUGUUAAUUAAGAUAAAACAAUAUCGAACAAAAGAAUUAUAAAAUUCUCAGAUAAACGUAAUUAUUGUUUAAUUUAGUUAUUAAGUUACAGAUCUUGAAUGAUAUAUGGAGAUAUUAAUUUAAAUAAGACAUUUUAUACUCGAGGUAAUAUUAUGAAGGCUCAUUUAGAUGAUGCGAGAAAUAUUUUGCGCAUCUUUGGUAACUAAAGUCAUAUCGUGGCCGGCAGUGUAUCGCAACUUGAACGAUACUUUCCGCACCGUCUAAAUCGGCUUUAAGUGUCGGAUAUUCGACUACAGCCUGAAGACUACCGCCACAAAGUCUUAUAAGUGCGUAUAUAAGCAUCUUUUAAGACAAAAGUUGUUGAAUUUUUGAGACUUGUCUUGCCUCGAGUGUAAGAAGCCUUAUUGUAAUAAGUGAUAUGCGACUGGUCAAGCAUUAUUUUAUUGGUUAAUUAUGAAAUUAUUUUUGGAAUUGUAACUAUUUAGAAGCUUUAAUCGUCUAGUGUAAGUUACAUAAAUGUUUAAUAUAUUUUGUUGUUAGUAUAAGAAAAUAUACAGUUGCGAUAAUUA